AACUGUUGAUAUCGCUCUGCAUCCGCCCUACCCAAGUCUUCUGCAGCCUUACGUAGGGCGCCGCUCGCCAACCCCAAGUGUCUGGGAAGCGUGGCCGCGACGACAUGUUUCACGCAGUGGCAAAGUGCUCGGCUUGGAUACCCAGUGGGUCUCAGACGUCCACGACUUUUUCGAUGGCGCUUGUGCUUGGAGAAAUCGUCAGUGCUUCACAACGUUGUGGAAACCUUGAAGGGUCUUCUUCCGCUGGCGCAAAUUCCCCGGCACGCUCCAAUCUCGGCUGCUGGGUGCUGGGUGCCAUCGCAAGCUCUGCUCGAUUGGGAAACGGCGCUCCUCAACACCUGCUCUGUCUGUCUCCAGCCCAUACAGACUCAUGUCCGUAUCAGUUUCGACGCGCGCCCACCAUCGCGACGUCGAUGCCAUGCAACAGUCUACGAAUCAACGUGCCUUUGUUCACCUCGGCUCCAGGAAUCUGUUGUGUCACACCCGCUGCACUCUCCGUGUGGUCUCAUUCUCAUGCCACAAGGUCAACGGUCGUCCCAACGUCCCAACGGGUAGGGCUGAAGGCAAACUACUGGCGUGCGCUCAAGCUAUGACGAGCCAUUCUUGCGAAAGCUGGUUGCGGCACCCUGACUGCGUAGCCCUCGUUGACCCUUGCCAAGGCGCAGUCUGUGGCAGAACGCGCGCUGCGUUUCGUUGAUGAACUGACUGCUUCUUCACUGUCUUCUACAUCCUUCCACGUCAGCACAGUACAUAUUUUCCCAUCUAGCCGUGUGUGUCCAUGUUCUGUCAUCAGCAACCGAAACACGAUCAACCAGAGACCAACUAUUGAGACUUACCAAAGCCAGAACAUCCAUCUAGAGCGUACUCACCUGCUCUGCACAGGCAUGUACA